AUGGACACGAAAGGUUUGGAAUUCUCGUUCAUCAAAACGCAAAUAGAAUCAACCGGCACUUCAACAUGUGUUAUCAAUACGGGUAUAUUGGGAGAACCGCAAUUAACGCCGGACGUUUCUGCGGAUGAAGUCGCACAAGCGGGAGGUUCAUCCCUUCAGGCUUUGAGAGAUGAAGGCGACCGAGGUAAUAGCGUUGCUGUAAUGGCACAGGGUGCCGCUGCACUCAUUGCUGACAAACAGGCGGCAGGCGAAAUUGACGGGAUCAUCUCACUCGGUGGCUCCGCAGGAACGACCAUCGGCACGACAGCGAUGCAGGCAGUACCCGUGGGCGUUCCGAAAAUUAUGGUGUCAACCUUGGCAUCGGGUGACACGAGUCCGUAUGUCCAAUCUAAAGAUAUAUGUAUGAUGUACUCUGUUGUGGACAUCGCUGGCAUUAACCGAUUGUCACGACAGAUUCUUGCCAACGCCGCUGGCGCAAUUGUCGGGAUGGUGAAUGCCGAAGCACCCGUUGCAACAGCAGACAAGCCUUUAAUCGCAGCGACGAUGUUCGGUGUGACAACGCCAUGCGUUACAAAAGCGAUGGAAAUCCUUGAAGCCGCCGGCUAUGAAGUUCUCGUUUUUCACGCAACUGGUACCGGUGGGCAAGCGAUGGAAGAUCUGGUCAAAGGGGGUUUCCUCGCCGGGGUGUUAGACGCGACGACGACAGAGCUUGCUGACGAAUUGGUAGGUGGAAUUCUGAGUGCCGGUCCCGAUCGGUUGGAAGCCGCCGGAGAAUCUGGACUGCCGCAAGUUGUCGCCCCAGGUGCAUUGGAUAUGGUGAAUUUCGGUCCUCCUGACACAGUGCCAGAGAAGUUCAGCGAUCGGUUGUUCUAUCAGCACAAUCCGACAGUGACACUCAUGCGGACGACUGCUGAAGAGACUGCUGAACUCGGACGUAUCAUGGCACGUAAACUCAGCAAAGCACAGGGACCUACAACGGUCAUCAUUCCGACCCAAGGUGUAUCGGCUAUCGACAAAACAGGACAACCCUUCGAUUCUCCCGAAGCACGAACUCGCCUGGAUCGAGAAUCUGAAGGCACACAUCGGUAA